AUGGCUUCCACUGCUUGCCCUGUCAAGCUGAUUGUCGGCCUCGACUACGGCACGACGUAUUCUGGACUCGGUUUCGCCCUCUCCACGGCUGCUGAUUUCAAGGAUAUUAUCACUUGGACAAAGUACCCCGGCGCCUUUUCCCACAGCGCCGAGCACAGCGUCAAAGCCCCGACACGAAUUGCUUUCGCUGAAGAGAAUCCCGAUCUUAAUUGUAAUGUUUGGGGAUAUCAGGUUGAGCCUGGUAUGAGAUCCUGCUCCCUCACCAAGCUUCUCUUGGACAAGUCCGCUCUCUUGUCAGACUUUGACGACUGCAGCGUGUAUGAUGCCAGUACUAAUGACCUGAUGCGCCUUCCCGAGGGCAAGUCAGCCAAAGAAGUCGCGACGGAGUAUCUUCGUCAAAUGUAUAACAUGUUUGAAAAGUCAAAAAAAGAGCUCUUUGGUUCGAUGAACCUCGAUGAGCUACCCGUCGAGUUUUGGCUCACGGUUCCGGCGUCUUGGAGUGAGAAGGCAAAACUUCUCACCAAGGCCGCUGCUAUGGAGGCUGGUUUUGGAAAUCGGGUCAUCGACCGAGUCAUGCUGAUUUCAGAGCCCGAGGCGGCAGCCCAAUACACGCUCAAGUCCAGUUUUCAUCAUCUGGAAACUUUUGUUCAGAAAAAUACCGGUGUGAUGGUCUGUGACUGUGGUGGCGGAACAGUGGACAUCACUACCUAUGAAAUUGAACAAGUACAACCGCUUCUAAAGCUUCGAGAGAUUGCCGUCGGUAUUGCGGGAAAAUGCGGCGCAACAUAUGUGGACAGAAACUUUUUCAAGCUAAUGGCUGAUCGAUUCGGAGAGGCCUUUACCGACCUCGAUCCUGAACAGAUUGGCCCUGGAAGUACUUUCAUGAACCAAUUCGAGCAGCGCAAGAAAGAUUUCAGCUAUGGCAACAUCAGCCGAAGAGCACACCGAAUCCCACUCUUCAUGCCUGCCUUGAAGUACACUUCCAGAACAGAAACCUUUUACGAGAAGCGCUCCUCGUCCAUUCUCUUGACUCAUGGGGAUCUGAUGGAUAUUUUCAGACCGGUUGUCAAAAGAAUUCUUCUCUUGAUUGAGGAUCAAGUCUAUCGAACGAAAGAAAAGGGGGAGACGCCUAUCGGUACCAUUGUACUCGUCGGUGGAUUCGCCUCUUCACCGUACCUGAGGGAGUCCAUUCAAGACUGGUGCGAUGAGAAUGAGAUGCGCCUGACCACACCAAUGUCUGGAGCUUGGUCUGCAAUUGUUUGCGGGGCUGUCCUCAGAGGCUUGGAAGGAUCCAUUGUUCGGGAGAAGAAGUGUCGUAGACACUACGGGACCGAGUUGGGCCAAAGAUAUAUUCCUGCCCAGCAUGAGAACUAUGACCGUAGCAAGCGGCGUGUCUACAUUCAUGCAUUUUACAACCACGAAUACUUGGACGGAUUCCUUCAUUGGCAAAUUAGCAAGGGGGAAAAAAUCGACAAGGACACGGAGAUCAACGUUAAUAUCUAUGCGAGUGUCAAAAGAACUCAGACUCACUCUAGAGAGGUGAAGUUAUACUCAUGCAACUUGGACACCGCUCCCGAGUCGAUCGAGUCUCCCCGCGUGGAGUUGGUUGGCAAACUCAUCUACAAUCUGACUGAAGAACAUAUCUCCAGAGGGAAGAAAAAGAUUCACGGAAGUGUCACUUGUUACCGAAUCCCGCUUGUGGUCAAUGUCAGGCUCAACGAUGAGGCAGGCCAUCUGGUCUAUCGAGUGCUGCAAGAUGGCGAGGAAAUUGGAAAGGCGAACAUUUUGUUGGAUGAUUAA